AUGAUUGUUGAAGAUAAGUCCCUAUUGAAAUCAUAUUUGAUGGAACUACAGAUCGCGAAACACUGUCCAGAACGGAAAGGAAUUCCUAUUUCCGCCAGCACUGUUAAGAGCAGAAUCGAAGACAUGGCAGAAGAUACUGAAAAUCAUGUGAUCGCACAUGUGGAAAGUUCUGCGUUUUAUUCAAUUCAAUUCGACGAAUCAACGGACAUAACUAACAAAUGA